AUGUUGUAAUAAUUUUCUCAACUCCCAAUUAUUGUUAUAGAUGUGGUAAUCAAACAAAAAUUAUAGAAGUUGAUGAAAAAUCUUCGUUAUAUAUUGUAAUCUAAUUUAUUCAAUAAAUAUAACAGAUAAUUUGAUCCAGCUUCAAGAUCUGAAAAUGAAUCUGUUACUAAAGGAGUUCCAGAUUAUUUCUUAUGA